AUGGUUCUUGGAUUAGUUCAGAAUUCAAGAACAAAAUUCAUACCGAAUUCUCGGCAGAGUCUCAUAGAUCACAUGACGAAGACAGGAAGUUUAGCAAGGGAUAAAAAUCGGCAAUCCGAGAAGACUAAUAUGGGAGUAGAUAAAGUGAACAAAGGAUUGCCAUUAACCGAUGGUUUGUCUAUAGGAACCGAAACUGCAAAUCCCACGUUUGGGGGCAACCUGCCAAAUGUUCAGACUCCUCAAACUCAGCAAAAGGAGAGUACUUUUAUGCCAAGUAUCCAAUCUCCUCAAACUCAACAGAAGAAGAUGACUCUUGAAGGUACUCAGCAAAAUGAAAGCACUCCCGAGCCUCCAUCACAUCAGGGAAAUCAACAUUCUCAAUCACAGGAAGAUAUCAUUGGUACAUAG